AUGGCUCCGACAGCAACCCUCACCGCAACCAGCAGCACAACGUCCACGACGCCUAGCCACAGCCACCGUGCCCUAUUUGCUGGCGGCAGCAGCACCACCACCAGACCUGCCUUUGGCCGUUCCCUUCGAAAGCUCGCCACCGCAGCCUCGACUCCCGACCUCAGCUCCCUCUACGCCGCCCAAGGCUCAUCGACGUCCCCCGUUUCGAGCUUGUCGCGCAAGGGUUCGCUGGCCCUGCUGACGCCGAGCUCGCUUGCCAGCAUCCCCGAUGUUAGCGAGGCGUACGCCCUCGACUCUGUCCUGAGCGAUUCAACCUACAUGAUGACCCCCGCGACCCCGGGACAGCUCUCCGUCUCGGCCGUCGACGUCGUCGUCGGCGACGCUGUCGACGUCCCCGGGGGCAUGCAUGGCAUCGUCCGCUUCAUCGGCUCCGUCCAGGGGAAGAGGGGAACCUUUGCCGGAAUCGACCUUCACGCGGAUCACGCAGCCAAGGGCAAGAACAACGGCGAUGUGGACGGAAUCGCAUACUUCUUGACGACCCUUCCCGGGGCUGGCAUUUUCGUUCCCGUCUCGAAGGUCACCCGACGAGGUUUCUCCCACAGCGCAGUCAAGGGUUUUCCGAUGACGCCGACUCCGAGUGCUUCCGCCGGAUUGCGGAACAUGAACCAUGCGACAACCUUUACACCCCCUACACCGGGCCGCCAUCAGUUCAGCGUUUCUGUCGGCCCGGCUGCGAAGGCACCGAGCCCGCAUGGCAGGAAACCGAGAAUGUCGCUCCCUCGAUCCGAAUCCCCCGUUCGACGAGUCCAGAUGACGCCGGGCCCUCGCCCAUCCAUUUCCGCUCCCGUCAAAGUGCCUCCGAGAUACGGAAGCCCGACCAACAAAUUCUCCCAGAGCGUGCGGGGAGCGGCUGUCGACCCCAGCAAAAAGAUUCGCCUCGCCGCCGCCACAGGAUCUCGCAGUGCUUCCGCCUUGGGCUCCACUCGCGACCUGGACGAUGAGGCUGCCCUGCUGGACCUGCAACGAGUCAAGACGAACGGCAGCACCGGCUCGGCAUCUUCCUCGAGCAACCUGAGAUCACUUGGCCCCGCCUCGCGCGCCAACGCCGCCAACGAGGAAGAGCUCGAACGACUCCGAACGCUGCUCGAGGAUCGCGACCGUCAGCUGAGGGAACAGACGACGACGUUGGCCGAUAUGGAGAGCAGCUUGGUCGAGCUGCAGACUCUCAUGGAACACCCCGAUGGUCUCGCCUUUCGAAGGAACAGCAUCGAUGACAAGGACACGGCGCAGCUUCGGCAUCUGCUGCGGGAGAAGAGCGAAAAGGUUGCCAUGCUCACGACAGAGUUUGAUGCCCACCGAGCCGAUUUUCGGAGCACCAUCGACACGCUGGAAAUGGCGAGCUCGGAAACCGAGCGAGUGUAUGAGAAGCGCAUCGAGGAGCUCAUGAUCGACCUGCGGGAGUUGGAAUCGAGGAACCUCGACGUCGAAUCGGUCGCGAGCCAGCUGAAGCAGCUCGAAGAGCUCGUGCAGGAGCUCGAGGAGGGCCUGGAGGAUGCCCGCCGGGGUGAGGCGGAAGCUCGCGGGGAAGCCGAGUUCCUCCGAGGCGAGGUGGAGAGGACCAGGACGGAGCUGCGGCGCGAACGCGACAAGGCCGAAUCCGGCGGCCACUUACACGGUGAGCAUGCCGCGCUCUCGAAGGAGCUCGAGAAAAAGGAAGAUGAGAUUCGGGGUCUCAAAGCGAUCAUACAUUCUCUCAGCCGAGAUUCCAUCCUAGACCAGGCUGCGCUCCAGCGACCUGGCUCCUUGGUUGCCUCUGGCGAUUCUGCCGAUACCUUCGACAACAAGAUGGGCCGUGAGGAGUUGGUACGGCAGAUGAGGGAGCGGCAGGCACUUGCGGAGCAGAAGAACACGCGGCAGGCACUCACGGUGCAGAUGAACACGCGCGAGGCGGACAUGGAGCAGGAGUCGGACGCCCUUCAAACCCCCGUGGCUGCUCAUCAGCCUUCGGUCAGGGACUCUCGAGAUACCGUCAUUCCUGCGCCUACGCACGAGCGGCGCUCACGCGAAGCUACCCACAAGCGCUCCAACACCCUUGGCAGCAUGCGCGAGAGCGACGCAUACUCCACCGCCACCGAGACCAGCACCCUCUGGUGUGAGAUUUGCGAGACGGGCGGCCACGACCUCUUGACGUGCACCAACAUGUUUGCGUCCGAUGGCCCAAGAAUCGCUGGCGGAAGCAACGCUGGAGACCCCGUCGCGAACCCCGUCGCGAACCCCGUCGGAACCCCCAUCAAAAACCUCGUCGGAUUGAGGAGGCGGAGCAAGAGCCCUAUCCGUGAAGUCCCCCAACCGGACCUCGCCAGCUCCCAGUCGCCUUCCACGUCACCCGCGAAAUCCAAGACGAUGCCUCCAACCACGAUGCCACCCGUCAAGAUCCUACCAAACCCCAUGGAAUCUGGUCCCGUCGCCGGCAAGGAGAGCGGCAUCAUGGACCCGGAAAAGUGGUGUGCCGUGUGCGAACGGGACGGUCACGACAGCGUCGACUGCCCGUUUGAGGAUGCCUUCUAG